AAAAAAGAUGACAAACAGCAGAAGACAUGUGCAACAUUUUGUUCAUGUAAUUCUUGUUAUUCUUCAUUGUUUCAAUGCAGGAUUUUGCACAGAAGUAGAUAGUAUUAACAGCACUCAAUCUCUGAGAGAUCCCGUGAUUUUAUCAUCCCCAGGAGGCGUCUUCAAGUUGGGAUUUUUCAGUCCACUAAACAGUACUGAUAGGUAUGUUGGUAUUUGGUAUAAUUUUUCUGUAACCACUGUCAUUUGGGUGGCUAAUAGGGACAAACCUUUAAGAGAUUCUUCUGGGGUUGUCAAGAUAUCUCGUGAUGGAAAUGUCGUUCUUACGAACGGAGAGGAGGAGAUUCUUUGGUCAUCAAAUGUUUCAACCUCUCAGGUAGACUCAAUUGCCCUUCUCCAAGAUUCUGGGAACUUUGUUCUUGUAGAUCAUCUGAACAAUAUGAGCACAACAUGGCAGAGUUUUGAACAUCCUUCUGAUACAGUUGUCCCUAAAAUGAGAAUAAGUGAAAACACAAGGACAGGGGAGAGGGUAGAAGCAAAAUCUUGGAGAAGCUCUCGGGAUCCUAAUAUUGGAAACUUCUCUUUAGGAAUAAGUUCUGGAUUCAUUCCUCAGCUGUAUAUAUGGAAAGACAGCCGUCCCUAUUGGCGAAGUGGUCAAUGGAAUGGUCAGUUCUUCAUCGGAGUGCAGGAACUGUAUGCUGUGGCGUUUGAUGGAUUUAGUCUAGUGAACGAACGCCAAGGUUUUGUAUAUUUUACUGGCCCUGUUUCUUCUAAAUUCAUAACCAAAUUUGUCAUGGAUUGGAAAGGGAACAUGGUUCAAUCAUAUUGGGAUGAGAAUGAGACAAACUGGAAGAUAACAUGGUCAGUUCCCAAAAACGAUUGUGAAGUUUAUGGAACGUGUGGUCCAUUUGGAAGCUGCAAUUAUUUUGAGUCACCGAUAUGUUCUUGUCUGAAAGGUUUCAAUCCAAAACAUAAGGAAGAAUGGGAAAAGGGGAAUUGGACUAGUGGUUGUGUUAGGAGGAGGCCUUUGCUAUGUGAAGUAAAGAAUAACACAGGGGAUUCAAGUAAAGAAGACGGAUUUCGAAAGAUGAAGUUCAUGAAAUUGCCUGAUUUUGCAGAAAGGUCAUAUACUAUAGAAGAAGAAUGUAGAAGCCAAUGCUUGGGCAAUUGUUCCUGCAUAGCAUAUGCAUUUGACACAGGUAUCGGCUGUAUGUUGUGGAGUAGCAACUUGAUUGAUAUCCAGCAACUCCAAAUCUGGGGGAAAGAUCUCAAUUUUCGCGUGGCACAUUCAGAGCUUGAUCAUCAUAAAGACAUAAAGAAAAUUGUAAUCCCAGUGAUCCUUGGUACGCUUACACUCUGUGUUUGUCUGUUCAUUUACUGUACAAGGGUGGCCAUAUGUAGAGGAGUGAAGACAAAGGAGGUAGUUUCACUUGGUAACAAAAGUCCAGUUCAUAUGGAAGAAUUACCAGUCUUCAGCCUCGAUACGCUUGCAAAUGCAACAUCCCAAUUCCAUGAGGAUAACAAGCUUGGUCAGGGCGGUUUUGGUCCAGUUUACAAGGGGAAAUUGGAAGAUGGGAAAGAAAUUGCAGUCAAAAGGCUUUCAAAAGCCUCUGGGCAGGGGCUUGAGGAGUUCAUGAAUGAAGUGUUGGUGAUCUCUAAAGUCCAACACAGAAAUCUUGUUAGACUCUAUGGAUAUUGUAUCGAUAGAGAGGAGAAGAUGUUGAUUUAUGAAUACAUGCCAAUGAAAAGCUUGGAUGUGUUUCUCUUUGAUGAAGGACACCGAGGCAUUUUGGAUUGGAGGAAACGUUUCACUAUAAUCGAAGGGGUUGGUCGAGGACUCCUUUAUCUUCACAGAGAUUCAAGAUUGAAGAUAAUUCAUAGAGAUCUAAAGCCAAGUAACAUUUUGCUCGAUAAUAACUUCAAUCCAAAGAUUUCAGAUUUUGGCAUGGCUAGGAUUUUCGGAUCUGAUCAAGAUCAAGCAGACACAAGGAGAGUAGUUGGUACUUAUGGAUACAUGGCCCCCGAAUAUGCAAUGAAAGGAAGAUUCUCUGAGAAAUCUGAUGUUUUCAGCUUUGGAGUUCUAGUGUUAGAGAUCAUCAGUGGCCGAAAAAGUACAAGUUCUUGGAUUGAGACAUCCUCUUUGAGCCUUUUGGGAUAUGCAUGGAUGUUAUGGAAAGAAGAAGAUUUAUCAACUUUUAUCGAUCCAUUCAUAUUGAAUCCGAGCACAGAAAUGGAGAUCAGAAAAUGUAUGCAGAUUGGUUUACUGUGUGUUCAAGAAUUUGCUGAAGACAGGCCAAGUAUUUCAUCUGUUCUUGUCAUGCUUACUAGUGAAACUACAAAUCUUCCUGCACCAUUACAACCUGCUUUUACUGAAAGACAUGAGAGCAGAGAAACUACGUGUACUUUGAACAAUAUCAGUAUCACAAACCUUACUGGUAGAUAACA